AGCUUGAUUUCGUAUAGUAUUCAUGCGUGUAGCCUCACGCAGCCCACGACCACCAGGACGGUUGGCGCGGCGCAGGUGCUCAUAGGUUGUCUUGCAUAUAUACCCUACGCUAUUGAGAAAAGCCACUCUUUACGUUUGCUAUGACUAAAGGUCUCCCAGAAACUCUGGAGUUCUCUCAGCGGCCCAGGCGCGGAAUCCUCACACCACACAUUCGUAUGCUAUAUGUCUAUUCUUUCCUGGUUGUUGCUGGUUUCCUGUUCUAUCUGAGUCAAGGGUUCUGGACUACAUAUUCUACUGCUCGGCUUCCCCCUCACGCUACUGUUUCUCUCGCUCGUUGCCGCUCUCUGCAUGCUAAGCCUGGUCCAUCUCGCGACUUCCACAAACGUUCUUACUCGGACCGGUUCGUGGAAGGAACCAAACCUACUCUAAUCAAGAAUGCAAGAAUAUGGACAGGGGACGCGAACGGCACUGAAGUAGUCAAUGCUGACAUACUACUCGACAAAGGCAUCAUCAAAGGCAUUGGACGCGUCGGUCACGCUCAUUUGAAAAUGCUCAGAGACGACCUAGUUGUUCUGGAUGCAAAAAACGCGUGGAUAACACCUGGAAUUGUCGACUUGCAUUCUCAUAUCGGAGAUUCGCCUCUUCCGGAUUUGAACGGGGCGCAGGACGAUAAUUCUCUUCUAGGUCCUAUUCAACCAUGGCUCAGGGCGUUGGAUGGAUUGAAUACACACGAUGAUUCAUAUCUUCUAUCUAUUGCUGGAGGUGUCACAACGGCUCUAGUACUACCAGGAUCAGCCAAUGCAAUUGUUACGUAGGCGGCCAAGGUUUCACAGUCAAACUGAGGUCUACCCCCGAACGUUCUCCUUCAUCGAUGUUACUUGAGCCACCCUAUCAAAUCAACUCUUCUUUCCUGGAGGAAGCUGAGCGACCCCGCUGGCGUCAAAUGAAACAUGCGUGUGGGGAAAAUCCUAAUGGUGUUUAUGGGUAUACCCGCAUGGAUACUGUCUGGGCAUUUCGUCAAGCAUACAAUAAGGCUCGAGAGAUCAAGGAUGGCCAGGAUCAAUAUUGCAACGACGUCCUAGAUGGCGAUUGGGCUAAGUUGACCAAGGAACCAUUCCCUGAAGACUUACAAUGGGAAGCGAUGGUGGACAUUCUUCGCGGGCGAGUUAAGGUUCAAGUUCACUGCUAUGAGGCAGUGGAUUUGGAUGAUUUCGUUCGGCUUAGUCAAGAAUUUCAGUUCCCGGUAGCUGCCUUUCAUCACGCUCAUGAAGCUUACUUGGUUCCAGACGUGCUCAAGAAGGCUUAUGAGCACCCACCCGCUGUAGCUAUGUUCGCGGCGGUGGCAAGAUACAAACGAGAGGCAUACAGAGGUUCAGUGUUCGCUCCACGGGUCCUGGCUCAACAUGGCCUUCCCGUUGUCAUGAAGAGCGACAGCUCCGCUGCGUUCCACUCUAGAGACCUCUUAUUCGAAGCCCAACAAGCACAUUUCUAUGGGUUGCCUGAGAAUUUGGCAAUCGCUGCGGUGACGAGUACUCCUGCGGAGGUGAUGGGUAUGGGUCAUCGAGUAGGUUAUAUCAAAGAAGGUUGGGACGCGGAUCUUGUCAUAUGGGAUAGCCAUCCUCUGGCACUUGGUGCAACGCCCAUUCAAGUCUUCAUCGAUGGCAUUCCGCAGCUUUCAUCGCCGCAUGUCGUCGAGAAACCGAAAGCUUUCCAGGUUUCGCCCAAGGUGCCUAACUUUGACAAAGAGGCCAAAGAUACUGUCAAUUAUGAAGGCUUGCCACCAUUGGAGCCGGAGGAAGCAGCCCACGAUGCUGUCGUGUUUACUGGCGUCAAAUCCGUCUAUGCUCGCACAAAUGAUUCUGUCGAUGAAGUCUUCCUAGCUGAGGACGCUAAUUCCUAUGGCAUUGUCGUUGUCGAGAAGGGCAUUAUGAAGUGUUUCGGAAGUUCUUCACAAUGCGGCAUGGACUUGUCCGAAUCAUCUGCAACUAUAGUUGACCUCAAUGGUGGUGCUCUAUCUCCUGGUUUGGUGACGUAUGGUGCUCCGAUUGGUUUAGAAGAAAUCAACGAGGAACCAUCCACAAGAGACGGUGCCGUUCCUGAUCCACUCUACCAGCCGGUCCCUAAGAUUGUAGGUGGCGACGGUGCUCUGAUACGUGCCUCAGAUGGACUUCAGUUCGGGGGUCGCGAUUCCCUCCUCGCUUAUAGGGCAGGUGUGACAGCCGGUAUUGUCGCGCCUAUUCACGACCUAUUCUUCGCUGGCCUCAGCACCACUUUCUCCACUGCUGCUCGGAAUAAGCUCAGUGAAGGUGCUGUGAUCCAGGAUGUCAAUGCCCUGCAUGUAUCUGUGAGGCACUUCGGAUCACCAAGUGUGAGUACUCAGAUAGGAACCUUGAGGCACCUUUUGCUUCAUCCGGAUGAUAGCCAUGCGGGCAAGUGGUUCAAGAACGUUGCGGAGGGCGAGGAGACAUUGGUUGUUGAGGCAGACAGCGCAGAUGUCAUUGCCACUUUGGUCUCACUGAAGAAAGAAGUGGAGAAGCAAUACCGUUCCAAGGUCAAGCUGACCAUCAGUGGAGGCAUCGAAGCAUACCUUCUAGCCAAGGACCUUGCUCACGCAGAUGUCGGUGUCAUCCAAGUACCAGCAAGGCCUUUCCCCGCCGUUUGGGAGCAGAGAAGAAUUUCGCCAGGACCUCCUCUGACUGAGCAAAGCUCAAUCCUCACAUUAUUAGAGCACAAUGUGACUGUCGGCGUUGGUAUCACAGAGAACUGGGCUGCCCAGAACACGCGUUUCGAUGUCGGUUGGAUUGCAAUCGAAGCAGGAGGUCGUCUAUCCAAGGGACAAGCCCUCGCUCUGGCAUCUACCAACUUGGAGAAGCUGCUUGGCGGGAAAGUCAAGGCCCAGUCUGCUCAUGACUUAGUUGCUACUAGAGGUGGUGAGUUGUUGGACUUUGAAAGCAAGGUUGUAGCCGUUAUCUCGCCCAGACGAGGAGUCGUAGAUCUGAUGUAAUUAUUGUUGUGUAUAUUGCUCACUUAUUAUACCGAGAAUGCGUUGCUGUUGCGCAUCUUACGGUGA